CGGAAGCUUUGGUCUCACAUGCCUCACAUGUUGUUGUGGUGUGAUUCUGCCUCCUUCUACCUGCUGCUGAGCACUGUCACCAUCAAACUGUCACUAGACUCUUAAGGGAAACGUAGGAAGAUGAAAGUGGUCGCGUUGAUAAGUGGGGGCAAAGACAGCUGCUACAACAUGAUGCAGUGUGUCGCUGCCGGCCACCGGAUCGCAGCUCUGGCCAACCUGCGUCCUGCCCCCACAGCUGCAGACGAGUUGGACAGUUACAUGUACCAGACCGUGGGACACGAGGCCAUAGAUCUGUAUGCUGAAGCCAUGGAUCUGCCUUUAUACAGACGCACCAUCCAGGGCUCCAGCCUGGACACCAGCAGAAACUACAGGGAGACGGAGGGGGACGAGGUGGAGGACCUGUAUGAGCUGCUGCGCCUCGUCAAGGAAAAGGAGGCCGUGGAGGCAGUGUCAGUGGGGGCCAUUCUCUCCGAUUACCAGAGGGUCCGUGUGGAAAAUGUAUGUUUGCGGCUUGGUUUGCAGCCCCUGGCCUACCUGUGGCGCCGAGACCAAGAGUCCCUGCUCUCCGAGAUGAUAUCAUCUGACCUCCACGCUAUCCUCAUCAAAGUCGCCGCCUACGGCCUGGAUCCGGAGAAGCACUUGGGAAAACCUCUGGCUGACAUGGAGGCCUAUCUGAAACAGCUCUCUCAGAAGUACGGAGUCCAUAUUUGUGGGGAAGGAGGAGAAUAUGAAACCUUCACCCUCGAUUGUCCUCUCUUCAAAAAGAAAAUUGUUAUUGAUGCAGCGGAGACCGUGAUCCACUCGGCAGAUGCCUUCGCUCCAGUCGGCUACUUGCGCUUCACCGAGAUGCACACCGAGAACAAAGACAGCGAUGCGGUGGCGAGAGCUUUGCCCCAUGGUAGUUGUCCUUGCCAGAGCGCCAUUGACAAGAUGACUGAGGAGGUGGAAUAUGCUGAUCAAGCUGAAGACAACCAACAAGAAUUUACAUCAAGCUGUGACCUUAGUUGUCAGCGGGGCCACGAUCUCCCUCCAUCCUGCUCACCUAGAAGCUCUAGAGGAUAUCAGUGGAUCAGUGGCAUCAACGGCCUUCAGAGCCAAGUCCCUGGGAUCGAGGGCCAGACGGCGGCAGCUUUCAUGCAGCUGCAAAGUGAGUUGGACCACAGAGGUUGGAAGAUUACAGACAUUAUCCUGAUUCACUUGUACGUGAGCAGCAUGGAAGAAUAUGGACCACUCAACACAGUCUAUAAGAAACACUUCGGCACAAACCCUCCAGCCAGGGUGUGUGUCCAGGCCCCUCUCCCGGCCGGUCAGCUGCUGCAGAUAGACUGUCUGCUCCACGACUGGACUGAGCCGCUAGAGGAAGGCUGCUUUCACCAGAGAGAGGCCAUGCAUGUCCAGAGCCUGUCCCACUGGGCCCCAGCCAACAUUGGGCCCUACAGCCAGUCUGUCAGGGUAGAUGAGUCAGUUUUCUGUGCAGGCCAGAUUGCCUUGGUCCCCUGUACCCUGCAGCUGAUGAAGGCCGGCACCAGGGGGCAGGCCCACUUGUCCUUCAGCCAUGUGAAGAAGGUUCUGGAGGCUGUGAUCAGCAGCUUGACUCUGGCUCAUGUCGUCCAGGCUCACUGCUACACCACGAGACAUCAAGACAUCCCCGUCGUCAGAGCUGUUUGGGAGAGCAUGCUGACGGCCGCAGAGGAAGAGCAGGACUUGUUGUGGCAACCUGACAUCAAACCUGGUCUACUGGUCGCCGUGGUACCUGCCUUGCCCAAGGGUGCAGCCGUUGAGCUUCACGUAACCGCCGUCCAGGAUGAUUACACCAAGAGGACUUCCUGUCACAUGACUGCGAAGGUGGCCUGCGGGUCCAUAGAGUGCUGCACCGUAAUGUCCGCCGACAAGUGCAGCGCGUCACUUUCCCUCUCCCUGGCCGUGCCCGCUGAUGACCCGGAGGUCAAGGACGUGCAGGAUGUAACGGAAGCAGUCGCCGUCACGUUCAAGAAAGCCAUGAAGAAGAUGGAUGCUGAGCUGGUGCCACUGUGCGCCCGCGUGUUUUACAAGCGCGGCCACUCACUGGCACAGCAGAUUGUUAAAGGACUUGAAGAAAGUUUAAGACGCUCCCUGGAAGGGUCCAGUCCGUCAGUGGCCCUGGUUCCAGUCCUGGACUUGCCCGGCUCCCAGAUCCUCCACCUGUCCUGCUGGCUCAGUUUAUAGAAACACAGCCAGUGUCAACAGCCGGACUCCGGUCAUCCACAGCACUGGAAUUCAGCGGGUCGUUUGUGGAGGAGCCGCUCUGACAGCCCGACACCUAAUGACUUACUGCCGCCGAUGGUCCCGUUUGUAAGUCACUUAAAACCGGGACCAUCAGCGACUGUGGAAAAGAAAAUAAACGACCUGCAGAACUGCUCAUUAAUAUUGAAUGUUCAUCAGCGCCGGCCGUCGAAAUGCAAAGCUCCGUCUCCAAGUGGUUUUGUCGGUGUGCGGUUUCGAGGAAGUGUUUAUUCCACUUCACACCACCAGAACUUUGGCCGUUAAUCCUCGGUGUCCUCGGCUGGAGCUGUUGGCCUGCAAGCAGCUGUUGCUCUGCCCGCGGAGAUGAGACUUGUGGAACUUCUAGCAACCCAAGCCUGCAUGCCAGCGGACAAGAGAGCACAGUCUACAAACGGAGACAGUAGCAGCGUCUCAUUCCACGAGGCGAUAAACUCUAUCCCCCCUGAAUCCUACUGUUUCUGGUGGAAUUUCUCUUAGCACGCUAACUAACACCCCUCAUAAAGGCCCAGCGCCACCAUUGACACCAUCUGUUCAGUUGUAAACCUAUAGAUUUACUGUGUGUCUGGUGUGUAGCCGUGUGUAAUGUGUGUGGAUGAGUGGGGGGCUGUGUUUCUGUGCUCUCAUGGUCCAUGGGAUUCAAGGUGUGUUAUUAUUGUGUAAUGGGCAAUCAGCACCAAGCACCUGAAAAGAUUAAGCCUCUUUAUGUUUUGUAUUGAUUCUAAGGCAGCCUGGUUAAUAGGAGAGAGACGCUACCACACACAGCUGCAGGGCACGUGUGUGUGUUUGUGUGUGUGUGUGUGUGUGUGUCAGUGUGACGACGUGGGGAGAAAAUAACACCAUUAACCAUUGCUCCUGGAACAUUUCUUUUCUCAAAGAUCAUGAACCGUAUUGACGACCGAGUUGGAAUGCAUCUUCACUCCGGCUAUUCUCUUCCUCGCGCCCGUGAUGAAGAGGAGAGACGGUGGAGUGGAGCUAUUGAUCCUCACCCUCCACAAUAUUGUUUUGAUUGUUGUUAUCAAAAAUUGAACAAUAGAGCCCGAAGAUUUUUAUUGAGGCUUGAAAAAACACAAACAAGCAAUUAUUUAUGAGGGCGAGCAAACCAAUGCCCCAUAAAUAUAUACGGUGUGUUAAUGUUCACGCACGUGGUUUUAAAAAGUCCCCACCAGGGGGAGAUCCAGAAUUUCUUUGAAUGAUGCAGCUGUCGGAUCAGUGCUAAGUUAUGGGUGUUUUUUUUUUUUUCAACAAAGUACUUUUAUUAUGUAUUUGUAUACUUUAAUCAAGUAAAUAAAAAAACAUAUAUUCCAUUCACAACUAGAAUGGCACUCAAGGCUCAACAGUCCCUUUAAAUCCAUUCAAACUGUACCAUCGUAAAUAUCAGUUCCCUUAAGGUGCCUGAUUUUUCAUUCUCUGGGGAAAUUUGUGAAACUGUCAAAAAAAGCAACAACAAUAAAAUAACUGCAAUCAUAAUAUUAAAGGUAGUAGGGGAAAAAAAAGGUUAUUCCAGGAUGCAGCCCCUGAUCCAGAUCUGCACCAGUAUUUAAUGAUUCCAGGUUUUGUGGUAACACGUGGAGAGGUUUUUGUGUAAUCUCAAAACAAAGAAAUGGACAAGGGUGAAAACAUGACUUCCUUAGUGGAGGUAAAUAUUUCCUUAUGUUGGAGUAGUUUCGAUAAGUGUUUCUUUUUAACGGUGACAGAUUUGGCGAUGACACACACAACCAACCAAGACGUUUCCUCUAAAUAGGUUUUAUUUGGCCAUUUUCAACAACACUCACAUGGUGGUAAUCACAAAACUAAAACUCGAUGCUCGAUGACCACGUGUCGACCACGCUGCGAACACGACACGCUGUCUCUCAGUGGCCAUGUUUUCAUACAGACGCGGGUAAAGCCACUAGUAUGUCCUCACACCCUCAUCCCAGCCGGUACGACGGCCCGUGGCAGACACAUUUGUUUGUGUCCUCACCGCACCGCCGUGUUUUCUUCACAGAAUGAGAAAAGACAGGGUGACAUUUGGUUUCCUCACGUGUUUUGUCAAAUGUACAGUUUCGACCGAGCUGACCUGCAACCACGCGGCAAACCAACUAGCUGCUGUGGCUAACGUUGUCCUUUGUGUGCAGCGUACCAGCCCGCGGCCCUUGUCAUUGUGGCCUUGUACAUGGACUUUAAACUCUGCGUUUCCUGCUCCAGGCCAAACCAGGCUGACGUGUGUGUGUGUGUUUGUGUGUGUGACUCGCUCUCCCCACAGCACUGGGCUACAGUAUAGGAUUCUUUCUCAGGAGCGACCGAGCUGCACAAGACGCCUCCUCACGCUGCCGUCUGUUUGCCUCCAUGGCUGCGGUUUGUUUUGUUUUUAUGUUUGAGUCAUUUUUGUUUCAUAAUGCAUUGAUUUAUUCUCCUGGCAUUUUGUAAACGCAUGAUUAUGCAGUCACUGCUCUGACUUAAUUAAACUUGCUCUAUCUGCUUGACUGGCAAGCCAUCACAUGCCAUUGAGUGGUGUCUGCUGCCCUCUUGUGGUCAACAUAACGAUUGCAAUUUGAGACUAUAGAGCAUUUUUUUCCUUAUAGCCUGAGAGCCUCAUUAUCUCAAAGAUGACUUUUAAAAAUGUCUCAGAGUCAAAAUCAAUCCAAUUCUAAACAGUUCUCAAUAUUGUCAACUGCUGUCACUUUUUUUUAAUCUCCACCCAGAAGGAUAUGUCUUCACUUUAUUGUUGGUUUAUUUGUUAACAAGAUUACACAAAAACUACUUCACUGAUUUCCAUCAAACUUAGUGGAGGGAUGAUGCCUGGGCCUGAAAAGAACACACUAAAUGUUGCUGAGGAAACGGCUGGCGGAUCCAAGAAUUGCAUAACAGAGCAUUUUUCUUCAUUAUUGUUAACUUUUCAGAGAAUAACCCACAGAUUUGAUUUUCCAUUGUUUGGGAUGAUGUCUUAUGACCGAUAAAUUGUUUAGGUUAUCACACCACGUCCUGUUUUUCCUAAGGACUCAGGACUGUUCAGCCGUGCGUGAGGUAGGUGCUCGGACUAUCGUAGUCUGACAGUAUUUUGGUACAAAACACCAAACACAGAAGUUGUUCAACACAUGUAUACAUUGCCAACGUCAGACAACACAAUCCUCUGACACAGCAAAGGAGAGCAGCUGCACUGACUUCACACUCAGAUGUGUUGUGUAUCGAUUAUGAACAUGAACAUAUAUUUAAUAACACUGGUGAAAUAUCAUCUUCAAUACGCCUCAGCCCUGUGGAUAUUAUACUCAUUACAAUCACUUACAUUCAUACCCACUCAUCAGGGCCUUCUGAGCACAUGAACUGUAAAUAUGUACAGUUAGUCAACAUUUUAAUAUUAUACCAGACAUUAUUUUAUAGACUUCACAGCGAUGUGCUGAUGUACAGUUUAUAUCUGGUAAAAUAUACUACUCUACUC